CUCCGACAGAAACGGACAUGAAAACACUUCCGGGUGUCUUUGACUCGUCCUCACUGUAACUCGGUAACUUUUUAAAACUUGGUUUGUUUCACUGAGUCACAUUUAGACAUGAAGAGUUAACAGAAAAACAAAAACCAAAGAAAACAAAGCGACGGUCUGAAGGACAAAGAAGACGUUUGUUUUUGACGCCGUGAAGGUAAAAGCCUUUAAACUGUCUGCUGUUGGUUGUUAGCCGGCUGCGCCUCAUUAAAGGAGAAAGUAGAAGAGGAGAAGUGGGAGGAGAGCGAUGACGGAGGUGGCGGAGCAGAGAGGAGGCGUCAUCACGGCGUCCCGCGGCGUCACAGAGGAGGAGACUCCUCCGAGGGAGGCAAACACGAACUGCAACCACGCCGAAAAUAACAGUACUGCUUCCUGUCCAGCUGAGGACACACCUGAGGUUGUCAUGGAAACAGAGCAGAGCAAAGACCUCCCAGUGACACCACAGACACCAGGAACUGUGAUUGUUCAAGGCAACAACAAGAACCCGGCCGCCGAGAAACUGCAGAGAGUCCGCAAGUGGAGCAUCACCACCUACAAGUGCACCCGGCAGGCUCUGUCAGAGAAGCUGGGUCGUGGAUCUCGUACGGUGGACCUGGACCUGGAGCCUCGGCUCGAGCUGCUCAAAGACGACCGACAGCGCUAUGACAACGUCACCAAGCUGGCUCAGACGCUGGCCAAUCAGCUCGCUCAGUUCACAGUUACCCAGAAGACACUGGGAGACGCCUUCGCCGAGCUGAGCCUCAAAACUCCAACUCUGCACGUGGAAUUCGGUCUGAAUGCAGAGGCUCAGAAGUUUCUGUCAAAGAGCGGCGAGACUCUGACGACGGCCAUCAACGCCUUCACGUCCGACAUGAACACUCUGGUCAACAAAACCAUCGAGGACACCAUGAUCAACACCAAACAGUACGAGGCUGCCAGAAUUGAGUAUGAUGCGUACCGAGUGGACCUGGAGGAGCUUAACCUGGGUCCCCGGGACGCCGUCACCUUGCCCAAACUGGAGCUGGCCCAGAAGGACUUCCAGAGCCAGAGGGAGAGGUACGAGAACGUCAGAGACGCCCUCACGGUAAAAGUCAAACUGCUGCAGGAAAACAAGGUCAAAGUCCUCCAUAAUCAGUUGUGGCUGCUGCACGGCGCCGUCGCUGCUCACUGUUUAUCGUGUCAAAGCUUCCUGGAGCAAAACAUGCGACAGGCCACCGAACACUUCAACAACCCCAGCGUGGACGCCCCCUCCUGGCUGGAGGAGAGCUGACACAACAUGGCAGGUGGACGGAUGUUUGGUUCAGAAGAUGUUUUGGUAUAAAUGGACGCUAUUGUGGGUAAAGUUAAAAAGUGGCUUGUUUUGGGAUUUUUUGACUAAAAAAGUUUGGAUGGAUCUGAAUUUUGGGAUAGUUAGAUCGGUAGGUAGUUUAUUUAUAUCAGAGUGGAAUUCCAGUUUGGUGGUUUUGGAUGGAUUUCCACCUUCUGGAAAACUGGAAAACUGAGUUUUUGCCACAAAAAUUAGGAGUUAAUAGGAAAAUGAAUUAUUCUGGAAGUUGAGUGGGGAAAGACUUAGGAAAUUUGGGAUUUCAUAAUUUUCCUGGUCUCAAAAUCUUGAUUAAAACGUCUAGGAAUGUUUUGGGGAAAAAAAGGCUAUUAAAUUCAAACUCUUGACAUAUUUAGGACAAGAAUUAUCUCUCUUUCUCUCGGUGCAUACACCCAGAGGGAUACAGCACUUGUGACUUUUGACCUGUUUAACAGAGACACAUAUAUACCCCUCCUGGUUUUCUUUCCUCUGCCUCUGUGUUGGGGAGUAAAUCCAUAAUCCUCUGUGAGGCACUAAGCCUUUCUUUGAACUUUAAAAAUCCUCAGCCACUGCAGUCAGAAACUCGCAGCGACUAGAAGUGCCUCGACACCACUGCUGGGAAAACAGCUCCACGUUUCCUGAAAUGAUCAGCAGCUCUGCACCAGCUCAGGAUGACUUCACAGAUCUAAUUUUGGAUGUAGAUAAUUAACAUUAUUUGUUAAAUGGCAGAAACCAAACUUGGCUGUUCUUUGGUUAAUGUGUUCUGCAAGCCGGCGUUUGUUGUUGGCCAAAGAUUAUUUGCGAUGUCUUGUCUUCGUAUCCCCAGUCCAUGACUGCAAGUUGACUGAUUUCAGCUUAAACAGGACCAGCCAAAUCAACCACCAACCAGCUCCAAUAUUUGGGUCAAGUACUUGAACAAUAUUGUGUGAAUCUUUUACGAACUGUUGGUUCUAGCCAGGCGUUGUUUUAUUAGUAAGCAAAGUUUUAGUGUUUAUUGGCUGUUUGUCCGGUGGAGAUUUGGAUGGAUGGUGGAUGUCCAUCUGUCAACGCAGCUAACUUCCCACAGAUUUAGUCUCUAGGAAAGGUUGGUUGUUGCAAGUCUUUUCAGCAACUCUCUGUCAAUAGCCCAAAUUUUAGUGAUUUUUACUGUCUGUUCAGUGUAGACUUUGGCAAGUGAUGUAUGGCCACUUGGUAACUCACAGGUGCAAAUUUAGUUUAUGCAUCUCUUGUCUGGAUUCCUGCUGGUCAUUUCCUCCUUCGGUUUACAUGGCAGGAAAUUCUGCAACAUUUAGAGACCAAUAUUUUGCUACGAGCCAAAAAAAAUGUUGCAGUAUGUUGAUGAUACGACCUUAUUCAUUGGUAAAGAAGCUUUGGCUCUUUUUGGUAACAUUCCAUUAGUGGUCAAAGUUUUAGUGUUUAUUUACUUGUCACAUGAUGAUUUUUGGUUGAUGGAUGGCCACCUGUCAAUUUAUGAACCACUUAUUUAGUUUAACCACCUCUUAACUGGUUGGCUGCGAUCAUUUCCUCCUCUUGUUUACAUGGCAAGAUUUUUAGAAACAUGUAGAAGCCAAUAACCUGCCACAAACCAAAAACAUGUUGUCAUAUGCCGACGAUAUUGCCUUGUUUGUUGCUAAAGAAAGGUUGGUUGUAGGCAGUCUUUGAGUCUAAACUUCAACAGUAGCCAAAGUCUGUCUGAUCUAACAGUGCGACAUCAUUCGUUUAGAGGGCCCUUUUUAAGCUUAAACCUCAACUUCCUGCACAUUUUUGAUUCACUCCAGCUAAAACUGUGUCCAUCACCAACUGUGGUCGGUAUUUCUCGAUGUACUCCAGUUACACUCCACGUACAUUACAGUUUUAACUAUUUCAUAAGAUAGCUUCACAAUAAGAAACCAGUAAAGUGGCCAGCCCCAGACUGACAUCCCUCAUCAGCCGCCAAAUUAUCAGCAAUCAUUCAUUUUAAAAACCCUUUUUAUGUUUUUUCUUCUGAUUGAGACCAAAAUGUUUCCCGUUCAUCCAGAUUUGGUGGACGAAAUACCAAACACCUCCAAGUUGUGGUGAAUUUUAAGGUAAUUAAAUUGCAUCAGAAUGUAAAAUGUUGCUGUUAUAUUUUGUCCUUGCACUCUUUGCACACUAUCCAAAGCAUAAUCUGCCUUAAAUAUUUCCUGUGAUACUAAAUGUCGACGUGUUCGGUGAAUCUUCUCCUUUCAGACUGUUUUGUUAGCAUGAAUGAAUGUGUUUUUAUCAGCCCAGUUGCCAAAAGAAAAUGUCGGCGUUGUACAUUUCUGCAAACCAUGAAUGUAGUUAAUUUGCAUGUUUUAUACGUAUCAAAACAUGAUCUUUUCUGAGCCAUAAGCAAGCAGAUUUUGUGCCUUAACUCAACAACACGUUAACCGCGGAGUCAACAACGGCUACAUAAUAACGUGCACAGACAUAAUAUCCACGGUUUACAGAAACUUCAAAUUCCAGCGUUUGUUUUGGAGAUUGGGUUUUUUUGUGUCACUUAAAUGUACCUCAGGUCUGAUAAUGACAAAUACGCAAUUCUGUCGAUGCGUCACUGCAAUAAUGUUUCACAAUCGUUGCCUUAAAAAGUGAUGCGCACGUUGCCAUUGACUUUGUUUUCUCCUCAGUCUGAGUUGAAUGUUGCCUUAAAGGGAAAUUGCACUCAAUUUAAAAAUGAUGAGUCGUUGUUCGUGUGAUGUGUUCGAGGCCAAAAACAGCUCAGACUGUUGUUAAAUCAAACUGCCAGACUUUUUUGUAAUUUCAACAUAUUGAAACUUAAUUAUUGUUUUUUUUAGUUACAAAGUUUUUUUCUAAAAUUUAAAAGGUCCAUGUACUGGCUUUUUUCCCAGAGUUUUCAACCUUAACUUCAUCAUCUUUCUCAACUGACUGAGUUUGCUGGAUGAAGAAAAGAAAAAAUUCAAAACUGAAAUUGAAAAACUGGAGCCAUUAAUUUUUUAUUUUUAUUUUUUUUUUAAUCGAGCACUUUGAACACUCGGCAAACUCGGUCCGCUGAGAAAGACCAGGAGAUGUGGUUUUGUGUUUUUUUCGGUUUGAGUUAAGAAAGAUUAUUUUGUGUUCACUGGAAUAUAAAAAGAUAAUUACAUACUGCACGUUUAUAUUCUGUCUACACCAAAACAAAAAUCCUGCAUUUUUAAGUUGUGUGGUCUUUCCCGUUUUUUCUAUCACUGUAAGAGUCAAACAGCUAUUGGCCUGGGAUGUUUUUAAUGUCAUCACAUCACCGUGUUCACAUUAGAAAUGAGGGAAUUAUUCAGAUCUGUAAUUUGAUAUGACGUUAACUCCAAUCUUCCUUAAUUAUUUUCAAGUCUGGGCUUUUCCAGCGAGGGCUCUGAUGUUUUGGGUUCCUGCGAGCAGCGUCGGUUGUCCCCGGCUUUCCUCCAACACACCGAUCUCAUGACGUGUUUGAAGAAAUCCUCAGAAAAAGACCGCUGACUCCGGAUCAGUCUGUAGUCCUCCUCUAGAAAACUAAAGGGUUAAAGUGAUUUUUUUUAUUUGGAUUAAAAAUGCCAAAAAAAUGACCAAAUUGUACU